AUGGCCCUGAGCUACCCAUAUCCAUGCCCUCAGCAUGAGCCAUGCGACAACAAAAAGGUCAAUAAGCCGAAACAUAGCCUCAAGAGCCUCACCAAGCAUACUAAUUCCAUUCAGGACAUGAUCCUGGAGGUACACCCUGGAGCUGCUCAGGUGUCCAAAGAGAAGUGCACACUUAAAUUCAUCAAGAAAAAGAUGGGCAUGGACUUAGGCUCCAAGAGAAAGUGGGAGGAGUUUAGCAGUCUGCUGGCGGCCUUGAGGAAGGUGGCCAAGGACUGA